AUGGAACUUGAGAUAGUACCAUACGAUUCAGGUUUCAAGGAGUAUCAAACCCUUUACGAAGAGUGGUUCAAUUAUGCAGAUGCAGAUGGGGAUGGUCGUUUUACUGGGACUGAAGCGAUCAAGUUCUUUGCCAUGUCAAACUUGUCUCGACAAGAAUUAAAGCAGGUAUGGGCCAUUGCAGAUUCAAAACGAGAAGGAUAUCUUGGUUUCAAAGAAUUUGUGACUGCUAUGAAGGCCAUCUCCAUGGCACAAUGUGGAUACACAAUAUCACAUGAUCUACUAAAUAGUGAUGCUGUGAGAAAUAUAAAACCACCCACAAUGGAAGGUUUGGAGGCAGUACUUGCAAAGAGAAGACGCAAACAGAAAGAUAAAGAUUUGACUGUUAGUCCUUCUCAGCCAUCACCUGCAAGUUCUUGGUUUAGCUCAAAGUCAACAAAAAAGGUGCCUGCUUCUUCAGUGACAUCAAUUGUAGAUGGUUUGAAGAGACUUUACCUUCAAAAGUUGAAGCCUUUAGAAGUUGCUUACCGAUACAACGAUUUUGUAUCUCCUUUAUUGUCUGGACCAGAUGAAAGAAGCAUUCCUGGCAAUACUGUUGCUGUUCAAGCAGACAUGCCAUUUAGUGGUCUUACUUCAUUUGGCACGUCAUUUUUGUCCAAAUUUGAAUGUUCUCAAAUGCCUCAUCCUUUAUUGGAUCACAUUACAUUUGUUGAUAGCCCUGGUGUUUUAUCUGGAGAAAAACAAAGAACACACAGACAAUAUGAUUUCACAGGUGUGACAGCAUGGUUUGCUGCUAAAUGUGAUCUCAUUCUUCUUCUGUUUGAUCCUCACAAACUUGAUGUUAGCGACGAGUUCAAGCGUGUGAUAUCAUCCCUUCGGGGACAUGAUGACAAGAUUCGAGUGGUCUUAAACAAAGCAGACCAAGUUGAUACUCAACAACUAAUGAGAAUCUAUGGUGCAUUAAUGUGGUCACUUGGGAAGGUGUUGAAUGUUCCUGAAGUCAUGCGUGUAUAUAUUGGUUCCUUCAACGACAAUAGUAUGCAUUCUCUCAGUGGUCCACUUGGUAAUGAACUGUUUGAGAAAGAACAAGAUGAUCUUCUCUCAGAUCUAAAAGAUAUCCCUAAGAAGGCCUGUGAUCGUAGAAUCAAUGAAUUUGUUAAACGAGCUCGAGAUGCUGUGAUACAUGCUUACAUUAUCAGUCAUCUUAAGAAGCAGAUGCCAACCAUGAUAGGAAAAGCAAAAGCUCAACAAAAGCUGAUUGAAAAUUUGGAAGAUGAAUUUGCAAAGGUUCAAAGGGAGUUUCAUCUACCAGCUGGUGACUUCCCAAAUGUUGAACAAUUCAAAGAGACCUUGAGUGGUUUCAACAUUGACAAGUUUGAGAAAUUGGAUAGAAGAAAGAUUCAAACAGUGGAAGAUAUGCUUGCCCAUGAUAUUCCUAACCUCUUGAAGACAUUCAGAAAUCCCUAUGGUUAA